AUGCCACCUCAUAGAAAUCCUAGAUGUGGCGGCGCCGUAGGAGCUGCACCACCGCCACCACCACCUCCACCACCCCCUCAGUGCGACCCGGUAAUGUUCCAGGCUGCCGUAACAGCCGCAGUAGCAGCCACAAUGUCCCAAAUCAGCACUAAUAAUAUGGGUGGUGUGAGUAAUGGUCCCACAAAUUCUAACAACGGGGACAGUCAGGGACGCUCGAGAGAGUGUACCUACAAAGACUUUACAAAUGCCAAACCUAAAACCUUCAAUAGGAGUGGAGGUGUCAUAGCAUUGCUGCAAUGGUUCGAGAAAACAAAAUCUGUCUUUGAAAUAUGUGCAUGCCCUGAAGCAAACAAGGUCAAGUUUGCAGCAUGCACAUUCUCUGAAAGGGCACUCACCUGGUGGAAUGGCCACAUCAAGACAUUGACACUUCCGGUGGCUAACUCGAUAACAUGGGAAGACCUGAAAACCAUGUUGAUGAAGGAGUACUGCCCAAGGGGCGAGAUAAAAAAGUUGGAAGAGGAACUUUGGGGUCUCAAAAUGACAGGCUUCGACAUCCUGUCUUAUAGCUUAAGGUUUAGUGAUCUAGCCAUACUGUGUCCAGGAAUGGUUCCUCAUGGCACUGUGACAACCACCUCCGAACAAGCUAAAGGGGGAAACAACAAAAGGAAGUUCUGGAACAAGAAGAAGGGUCAAACUACUGAAGACCCUGCCAAGAAACAACAAGUGGUUGCUGUAAACGCCGCCACAAGUACUGCCAACCCAACUCCGAUAAGGCAAUAUGCUGGGAACCUGCCAAAGUGCAACAAAUGCAACUUUCACCACAAUGGCGCUUGCCGUGAAAUGCAUUGCACCAACUAUAACAAAAAGGGGCACACCGCUCGAUUUUGUAAAGCUCCAGUCCAAUAA